UUAUGGUCACAGAAUGUCAAUGUCACACAAAAAGGAAGCGGAAUAAGGCAAAUGUUCUGCCACUUUAGUGAAAUAUAUCAAUUAGGCUGACAGGGGACCCGACUCAGGCUUUUGCUUUAAGCAAAUACCAAUGAAGUAACCAUUUCAUCAACUGCUGUAACACCCUGGCAGUCUCACAGAAUCAAGCUGUACUCAAAUGUUUAUAGUCACUUGCAUGUGAAUAUCACCUUCAUCAUCAUCAUAAUGGGCUUGGUGAAUUGAACAUGGGAAAUGAAAUGGGGAAUAACAACACAUCUGGAUUGCGACAAGAAGAUUACUCAGCCCAGGAAAAAUCUCAGCAAGAAGUUGCUCAUGCAGAUGAUUUGAAAGGACAAAAUCAUUUAGUUCCAGCAACUCAAGAUCUUAACAGUGAUGACCAAAAAACAGAUGAUAAAGAAGAAGAUGACAUGACAACUGAAGGCAAGAAAUCUCUGCAAGAUGAUGACAAGGGACAAAAUCAUGAAGAUAUAUAUGUAAAUGAAAAAGAGACAGGUUUGGCUUCUAUUAAUCAGGAGGGAGAGGCAGAACUUCAUGAUGACAACCGGAAUCAGGAUGAGAAAGAACAAGAUUACAACAUGACUCCUGAAGCCAAGGAAAAAUCUCUCCAGGAAGCUGCUUACGCAGAUGAAGCUGAAGAACAAGAUCAUUUAGUUCCUUCAGCGGAAGAUAAAAGUACUAAUGGAAAUGAGACAGAGUUGGCUUCUAGUGAACCUGAUGGAAUGGCAUCUUCUAAUGUUGAAAACCAGAAGCAGGAUGAGAAAGAAAAAGAGAAUAGUACAAAAGCAGAAGAAAUACCCUUGCAAGAAGCCGCUAGUACAGUUGAAACAAAUGCAGAAGCUCACAUAGUUCCUCCAGCUGGAGAUGAAAGUACUCAUGGAAUUGAAACAGGGUUGGUUUCGAGUGAUCAUGAUGGAAGGGCGUGUCCUAGUGUUGACAACCAGAAACAGGAUGAGAAAGAAGAAGAUUUUAACAUAAAUGAUGAAGCCAAGGAAAAAUCCUCACAAGAAGCUGCUAGCAAAGAUGUAGUAGAAAGACAAGAUCAUCUGCUUCCUGCAUUUGAAGAUAAAAAUUCUCAUGGAAAUGAAACAGGGUUGAUUUCUAGUGAUCCUGAGGGAACAGAUCCUCACUGUGACAAUAGAAAACAGCAGGAGAAAGACGAGGACAACACGGAUGCAGAACUACUGCCAAAAGAUGAUCAUGAGGAUGAUAUUGAAGAAAAAAAUCUAACAAUUCCUACAGCUGAAGGUGAGGAUUGUAGUAUAAACACAGAGGCAGAGGCAGAAUUGGGUUCUGGUGACCCACUGGUGGUAGGAGAUGCUCUUGAUGACCAAACAAUAGAAGGGCGAGAACAAGGAAGAACUGAACUUCAUCCUCCAGAUGAGUCUACAAAAGUUGAAGAAAAACCAAGUGAAGCGUUCAAUGAAGGCUGCGAAACCCAACCGGCUUCUUCAUCCAAAAACUUGGGAGAUCAUGAGAUACAAAAGGAAUCAAGUUUCAGGGAGAAUCUAUCUGGAACAAGGCAUCAUUUUGAGAAUCAGAAUUCCAUGAUGAAAGAGGAUGAGGGGACUAGAAAUGCAAUUCCUGAUGCAGCAUCUUCUACUUCAGAUGAUUCAGUACCUCAAGAACCUGCAGUUCUAGAGCCUGAAGAACAUGAAUUGGCCAAAAUCCACACUAAGCAACUGGUACAAGUGUGCAAUGGGCCACUACAAAGUGAGGAAAUGAUCAUACCAUCUUUAACAUGCCAAGAUCAGGAAAAUGGUUUCAUUUUGGAUUCUAGCAUAUCAACUGAUAUGGUCGAGUCUCCUGAUCCCAGUCUGGAGGUUGAAAAGGAAAGAGAUGACUUUUUGGUGAAAGAGAUGGCAGCCAAAAAAGUGGCCAGUGAAGAGAAAUUUGAACUUAAAGAUGGGGAUGAGGUUGGGAAUUAUCAUUUAGGAAAUAUAACCACAAUAACGACAGAUUUGCCUAAUGGAGUUGGAGCAAAAUGCAAUGAAGAGUUUCCAAGUGAGAUGAACUCAAUGAAAAAUGAUUCUCCUGAAUCACAAUUAGAAGCUUAUCUGUCAGGUGAGACACUGAAGUUUUUAGUGGAAGUUUCUAAAACUGAAGAGAAAGGCAUAGUUCUUAGUCAGAAAGCAACAUUGGUAAAGAAAGAAUCAGAAAACGAAUAUAGCAAGUAUUUUCAUUUGCAAAUUCAAUCUGGAGAGGAGUCAAUUGAAAAAUUAGAUGUCCAAGGAUCUGAGGAAGGAUCAAAUAUUGAUGAGCAAAAUGCCUCUCCACCACAGUUCGUGAUGAAUGGUUGUCAGAACGAGGAAAAAAGAUGUCUGCUGGAACAACAAAAGGACACACAAAAAGUUCAGUUGGUCACUGACCCUGCUGUCAUUUCUGCAGAUAUUUUUCUCACGGAUCAAAAAUACAAUGAAGAAGAUUCAGAAGAAAAGAAAAUGGUCGAAGCAAUGGACAAAAAAAUCGAAGAUUCAAAACCCAUUGGAAAUGAUACACCAAGUAGAGAAAAUGAAGUACAAUUUAUAUCUCGCUCACAUCCCAUAGAACAAGCAGAGGCAUUUUUUAGCCCAUCUCCUUUUCUCCAUGUUUUGACCGAGAAGAAGAAACAUGACAGUUACGCGGAAUGCAAGAAAGUUCAGAAUAGCAACGAGUCCAUGGCAGAAGUAAUCCAAGAAAGUUCUGGUGAGUAUUCUACCACUGAAGCUUCUUCUUUUGCGAACCAAAACUUGACAGAGAAAAAUGUAGUUUCCAUAGUUGAAUUGACUGGUCAGAAACCUCUAUGGGAUCUCUCAGAAUGUCCAAAACCAACUGCAGUGAUAAUGGCGGAGACUAUGCCUUCAUUAAAACAGUCUAGUCAACAAUGUGCAAUUGUUGAAACACCUGCUAUUGCUAAUGGUGAAUAUUACCAACAAGAAAGUGUGGGAAGGUUCAGCACUGAAUCGAAUCCUGAUAACAUGAGCAUUCAUGCUCAAAUGAGGAAAUCCCCGAGCUUUGAUCUUGAUCUCCGAAAUGAUGCAAGAGCAGAAGAAUCAGAUCAGACCCCUUUGCUGUAUCAGGAUAAGACUACAAUCGAGAGCUUCUCAGGCCAGGCUGAUGUUGCUGAUCCUGGAAAACCAGUAGCAAACACUGAGUAUGGUAAAAACUCAUCACAGUAUGAAGCAAUGCCUGUAGAAGAGAAAGUUGUUACAUUAGAAACAAGUGAUUCUGAGAAGUCAAAAACCCCAUUCCCUGGCUUCUCGAAAGAAGAGGAAGAAGCUGAUCAGAUGUUAAUUUCUCCAAAGAAAGGAGACAACCAAUCCACUGCGAAGAAGACAACCAAGGUUUCAGCCAAGGAAGUCACAUCUUCUUCAACAAAAGGUAAAGGGAAGCGCAAGCCCAGGACUUCUCUCUUUGGCACCUGCAUGUGUUGUGCAACUGUGAUAAAUUAAACAGUUUGGAAUGCAUUUUUCAUGUUCCCAGUUUCAUUUCUUCUUUUAUUUAAUUUGUUUUGUUUGGUUGGGUUUACUUUUUCUUCGUUUUUCCAACUAAGUUUUCUAAAAUGGAGUUUUGGGAUUUAAUUUAUUGGAGAUGAAAUGAUAUUAGAGUGAAAUAACUUUGUAACUACGUUUUUUUCUUUAUUUCUUUGUGUAGUUUGUAUAGACUUUGACUGGCAUGGUGAUGUAAGUUUCUGUUGGUUGAGGGAGAGAAUUUGUAUGGUCUGGGAAGAUAAUUGAAAGUUAGGCAGCAUUUGCGGCCUUUGAUUGCAAUAUAUGCAUUUCAUAAAUGAUUCUUAAAUUUUUUUAUUUUAAUUCCACUUUUGUUCCUAACUUAUGAAUUAUUCUAUUUGGGUCAUUAACUUUUAAAGUGAUCUCAUUUUGAUGGCAUAUUUUUGCAUUAAACAAGAGAAAAAUAACUCUAGUAUUGGUUUAUUUGUCUUAUUCUAGGUUGGUU